UCGGCCUCGAAAGAGGCAAGUUGGCUGGAGUUACCCGGCACCUGAGGAGGCCUCUGCUGGAGGCCUGUCAAUAGCGAAGGGGACGAGGAGGAGGAGAAGCCGCCACCAUCAUGUUUUCUUUCAAUAUGUUCGAUCACCCAAUCCCUAGAGUGUUCCAGAACCGCUUCUCGACUCAGUACCGCUGUUUCUCGGUUUCCAUGCUUGCUGGACCUAAUGACAGGUCAGAUGUGGAGAAAGGCGGGAAGAUAAUUAUGCCACCCUCUGCUUUGGAUCAACUCAGCCGGCUUAAUAUCACCUAUCCUAUGUUGUUUAAACUGACAAAUAAAAAUUCCGACCGGAUGACGCACUGUGGCGUGCUUGAGUUUGUGGCUGACGAAGGCAUUUGUUACCUUCCACACUGGAUGAUGCAGAACCUGCUCUUGGAGGAAGGGGGCCUGGUGCAGGUAGAAAGCGUCAACUUGCAGGUGGCGACGUACUCCAAAUUUCAGCCGCAGAGCCCAGAUUUCCUUGAUAUCACCAACCCCAAAGCAGUAUUGGAAAACGCUCUCAGAAAUUUCGCUUGCCUGACCACCGGAGAUGUCAUAGCCAUCAACUACAAUGAAAAGAUCUAUGAGCUUCGAGUGAUGGAGACGAAACCCGACAAAGCUGUGUCCAUCAUAGAGUGUGACAUGAAUGUGGAUUUUGAUGCACCCUUGGGUUACAAAGAACCAGAAAGACAGACACAGCACGAAGAGUCCACAGAUGUGGAGGCAGACCAUAGCGGCUAUGUGGGUGACCUGGGAUUCCGUGCCUUUUCAGGAUCUGGGAACAGGCUGGACGGGAAAAAGAAAGGCGUCGAGCCAAAUCCUUCUCCAAUUAAACCGGAAGACAUUAGAAGAGGGAUUCCCAACUAUGACUUCAAAAUUGGCAAGAUCACAUUCAUCAGAAAUUCUCGGCCACUGGUCAAGAAAGUAGAAGAAGAUGACUCUGGAAGCCGCUUCAUUGCCUUUUCUGGAGAAGGCCAGUCACUCCGCAAGAAAGGAAGAAAACCAUAACUCCCGGAACCAGGAGUUGGUCGGGAAGAAUAAAAUAACACUGCAGCGUUUCUGA